UGAACCAACUUCAUCGCUUUUUUGGCGGCGGGAUUACAGAUGAUCCCGUCAGAAAUACUAUUAUUAUGUUAGCUCUGUUCUUCGGAACAGUGUUUACCCUUGAACCUAUUGGAGAGAUGAUUUCUACCUGGCUAGAGAAAGCAAAAUCGCCAUCUUUGUCUACACGGAGUUCUAACCAGGGCUUCGAAGAGAUCAUCUGUAACCUGAAGGAUGUAAAUAAGAAGCGGAUUCAGGACAGACACGAAUUGGCAGAAGCAAUGAGGGAAAUAGAGAACCUGAAAGAGGAAUUGGAGGAACUUCGGAGGGAGGUAAGGGCAGGAAAGAAGAAUGACAAGGAUGCCAGCCACUCAGGAAAGAGCACUCAUAAACAUGGGAAGGAAAACCAGAAUGCACAAAGCAGAACUAAGGACGCUGAAGGAAUCAACGAACGCGAAACUGCCAUGCGGGAUGAACUUCGGAAGGAACUGUUAAGGGAUUGGCAAAAACUCUCUCGUUCACUGAAAAUUUCAGACGAAGAAAUGAAGGACAUUCUUCAGGAUAUGGAAGAAAUGUUUAAUAGUGAACUUGAGGUGGAAAAGGAGGAAAUAGAAGGAGGGAGUCAGGAGGAAACAGAGGAGACUCCCGAAUGGGAACCAAACGAUGUACUGGAAAAUACAGAAAUAAUCGAGGAAAUCAGAGAGAUCAUAGAGAAUGAGAAGGGAAACAAAUUGCGGCGUUGGAAUGAGAAAAUUAACAGAUGGUUAAAUCGAGAUGCGAAACCCGAUCCUAUGUGGGAAGAACUUCGGGAAGAACUGUUAAGAGAUUGGCAAAAACUUUCUCGUUCACAGAAAAUUUCAGACGAAGAAAUAAAAGACAUACUUCAAGAUAUGGAAGAAAUGUUUAAUAGUGAACUUGAGGUAGAAAAGGAGGAAAUAGAAAGAGGGAAUCAGGAGGAAACAGAAGAGACUCCCGAAUGGGAACCAAGCGAUCUACUGGAAAAUAUAGAAAUAAUCGAGGAAAUCAGAGAGAUCAUUGAGGAGGAGAAGGCUGAAAGGCGCUCUAAAAGAAGGUGGGAAAAAAACGCGUGGAAAUCCGUUCUCCGGGAACACAAGGAGAGAAAGGCCAACGAAAGGGCCGAUAAAAAGCUGAUUAAGCAGCAAUUACUCUCUAGAAAACGGGAAGAAAAGGAGAGGAGAAAGGCUGAAAGGGAAAUUGAAAAAAGGUGGAUUAACGCACUCAAGAGAAAUAUCACGGAGAAACUAGAGGAAAGGAAACAGAAAAGAAGAGAUGACAGAUUGAAGAAACUGAGGGACUUGAUCGAGUUUGUCAAGCAAGAACGUAAGAUAAUGAAGGACAAACGCAGGGCUGAACAAGAAUGGCUAGAGAGAGAAGCCAUGUCUUUGGCACUGUAUGACCAUCAAGUAAGGAUGGAAGAACGAGAAAGGAAAAAGGAAGCACGAAGAGCUUUCAAGCAGGAAUUGAAGGAAAGGAACGCCCAAUUGAAGGCUGAAGAAGACAGGCUCAAAAGAGAAAUACGAACCAAGUUAGAGGAAGAACACAAAAGGAGGAAAAAUAAAGCAAAGCUUGAAAAAAAGAGACUAAAUAGCGCUUUAAAAGAUCUCAAGAGACGGAAAAGAGACCUGGAUAGAAAACGAAAACCCAAAAGGUCUAAAGUAGAAGUGCAACUGUAUGAUUACAUUUGGCUCUUUUUUAAGAAUCCGGCAAUGUUCUCUUUGUAUUUGAGAAAUGGUCCGCUAGAGCAUAGGAAAAAGUGGAAAAGAGCUGCGAAGGUAACAGAUUCUAAAAAGGAGGUUUGGGUGUGGAAGAAGAAUUCAAGAGGAAAAUUUGAAAUGAUAGAAAAGAAGAUAGUAGACAGGACAGCAUCAAACAAAUAAACGACAAGAGAGAAAAGGAAAGGAGGAACACUCUACAGGGAAGAAGGUGGGAAGGAAAUUUCUAGCAGCCGCCACCUACUUUGUCUGCCAGCCUUGGAUGCAACUCUUUUUGGUCUUGAUUGAUUCAGUAUACUCCGUCUUGAGUAUCCAGUCCACAUUCCAGGGACAGGGAACUUCCAGCAGUUUGGGGGCUGCUGUGACUUCCCUGAUAUAGAAGAACCUAGGUCAGGUGGACUGAAGGCAGUUGGGGGGCUGCUGGAAGUUCCUUGUUCUGGAGGCAUCCAAGGCUUGUGGACUGAAAGUAGUUUGGGGGCUGUUUUGACUCCCCAGUUGUGGAACCAUCCAGGUCAGGUGGACUGAAGGCAGUUGGGGGGCUGCUGGAAGUUCCUUGUUCUGGAAGCAUCCAAGGCUUGUGGGCUGAAAGUAGUUUGGGGGUGCUGUGGCUUCCCUGCUGUGGAAGUAUCCAGGUCAGGUGGACUGAAGGCAGUUGGGGGGCUGCUGGAAGUUCCUUGUUCUGGAAGCAUCCAAGGCUUGUGGGCUGAAAGUAGUUUGGGGGUGCUGUGGCUUCCCUGCUGUGGAUGUAUCCAGGUCAGGUGGACUGAAGGCAGUUGGGGGGCUGCUGGAAGUUCCUUGUUCUGGAAGCAUCCAAGGCUUGUGGACUGAAAA